UUGCUAACGGCAAUGGAGAGCUGCCGAAAACAUCACGGUGCAGACGAUCGUUUCUCACUUCCACAAUUCGUGUACUUUCGCAAUGCGCAUGCGCGUGUUCCCAACCUAUAUUUCAUUACCACGUUUAUUGUGUCCGACCAGUUCGACGUAUUCAUCAGUAGCUUUAUAUAUUUCUGUAUUCAGUGUUCAGUAGUGAAUAUUUAAAAAAGGAAAUAAUGCCGCGAUCUUGUUAUUUGUGUAAAAGAAAAACCACGGAGGAUGAAAAGAUUACUUUACAUAAAUUUCCGAAAACACCCGAAAUACGAAAAAAAUGGAUCGACGCUUGCGGAUUCCAUGAAAAAGAUGUGUCCAAAAUUUAUAUUUGCUCACAUCACUUUGAUUUACCUAAUAACACUGAAAAGAGAUUACCUCCUGGGGCUAUACCCACUGUACAAAUAACUGUACCAAAUCAAUCAGUUGAAUCAAAUGCAUCAACAAUGAGAAGUACUACAGUGAAUACGUCGAAAUCAUUUGAAGUAAACAUCUUCAAUGCUGAUGUAAUGGAUUGUGCUAACGCUGUUCAUUCAAUAUCGGAAGCUUUAACUUAUCAUUCAUUGCCAAUAAUAGAAAAUACUAGUGCGUCAAAUUCAUGUGAAGAAAAUAUUACAUCUCCAAUUGUAUCUAAUGAAAUAGAUUUUGAUGAUGAAGUUCAGCCAAUAUCCGAAGUUUCCACUUAUUAUCCAUCUUGUGAAGAGAACAUUUCUCCUCCUCGAAAGAAACGUAUGUUUGCAGAGCCAAGAUAUAUCUCAGAAAUUAAUACUAGUAACGUUAGCACACCGAGAAGAGCGAGAAGAGUAAUCAGUUUUAUUAAACAAAAGGAUAAAAAGAAAAGUGAACAAAUUAAAUCUAUACAAGAUGAAAACAGAAGACUUCGAAAGAGAAUUGUUACAUUGUAAGAACUAGUAUCUCAUUUGAAAGAAUCAAAAUUAAUUUCUGAAGAUGCUGCAGAUAAUUUAAUAGUAUGUUAUGGAUAAUAUGGACUAAUAACGUAUGGAAUAUUUUUUCCUAGGCUGGGUUGUUAAUUAUUAUGAAUAAUUAAUUUUUAGGAUAUUUUUUAUAAUUAAUUUUUAGGAUAUUUUUUAUAAUUAUUAAUAAAUGAAUCGUAGAGUCAACUUAAAGGUGAUAAAAUAAGUAUUAUAAACUUGUUUCAAUUAUUUUCUUUCUAUUAUAUUUAGAAUACAUUACCGGAAAGUGUGAAGGCGAUAAUAUCAAGAAAAAUAGGAAAAGGUGGUACUUAUUCUGCUGCAAUUCGCAGCUUUGCAUUAACAUUGCACUUUUAUUCACCUAAAGCAUUUAAUUAUGUACGAGAAAAGUGGGAUAACUUGUUGCCAAAUCCUUCUACGAUACGAAAUUGGUAUCGUGUAGUUGAUGGAUCUCCAGGUUUCACAACAGAAGCAUUAAAUGCCAUUGCAAAACGCAAGAAUAAUAAUAAUUCUAAACCUCUUAUUAUUAAUUUAGUUAUAGAUGA